UGGACGGACGGAUUAUAGAUUCGAGAUUCAACCAUAGAUAUAUAUAGAACACAUAUCUAUGCUGGCAGCAUCUUUUGACGGAUGAGGAAGCCGGAGCCAAUACGUCAUAGGCCACGCCUACUGGAUACAAACGCAGCGCGGGAGUCAGAUGAGGUCAGGAACAUAUGGCCGUCCCGUUGCUAGAACACGGCAGCGCCAAACAUUUCACUGACGACUGCUUCCUCAACUUGUGCGAAUACAGAGCUGGACUUGCUCAACGUCUGAAAAUCAAGUCUGGAUCAGUACCAACUCUCCUCGGCUCAGCUACAAACCUCGAAAAAGCCAGCUCAUCAAGUGCUUACAUUCAGCAGCUUCUCUCAAGGGAUGUUGCCUGUCAGACAGAAAACCUGGAAACGCAUAUUUGUAGGCACAAAGCUGUCCUUAAAGUCUAUGCAGCCCCAUUUUAAAAGUGAAGAAGACUGCGAUGCCUUUGGAGACCGUAGCACUGAGCGCGGCGCCACCUCAGAGAUUCUUGGUGUGGACGCCCCUGGCUCCUCCCACAUGUCCAGUCGCAGCGAGGAGCUGAAGAUUCUGAGCGUCUACGGAAAAGGGGAGGGUCCACUGGCGGAGGACGGCCAUGACACCCUCUUCACCGCGUCAGAAGUGGAGGCCCUGAACUCGCUGCCUGCGGACCACAGCGCGGCCAAGAGCCUGGAGCGCGGCGAGCGGCUGGUCUGCCACGAGGAGCUGCGUGUGCAGCAGCAGACUCCAGACACCAUUUCAAUCAAGGUUGAAGAGGAUAUUGGUGGAGGCUUGCCCGCCGUAGAAGACUGCGAUGCCUUUGGAGACCGUAGCACUGAGCGCGGCGCCACCUCAGAGAUUCUUGGUGUGGACGCCCCUGGCUCCUCCCACAUGUCCAGUCGCAGCGAGGAGCUGAAGAUUCUGAGCGUCUACGGAAAAGGGGAGGGUCCACUGGCGGAGGACGGCCAUGACACCCUCUUCACCGCGUCAGAAGUGGAGGCCCUGAACUCGCUGCCUGCGGACCACAGCGCGGCCACGAGCCUGGAGCGCGGCGAGCGGCUGGUCUGCCACGAGGAGCUGCGUGUGCAGCAGCAGACUCCAGACACCAUUUCAAUCAAGGUUGAAGAGGAUAUUGGUGGAGGCUUGCCCGCCGUAGAAGACUGCGAUGCCUUCGGAGACCGUAGCACUCAGUGUGGCGCCACCUCAGAGAUUCUGGGUGUGGACGCCCCUGGCUCCUCCCACAUGUCCAGUCACAGCGAGGAACUGCUGCAGCAGACCCCAGACACCAUUUCAAUCAAGGUUGAAGAGGAUAUUGGUGGAGGCUUCCCCGCCCUAGAAGACAAUGACAUCAGAGACUGCAGCACGCAGCGCAGCGCCACCUCGGAGAGUCUGCGUGUGGACGCCCCUGGCUCCUCCCACACGUCAAGUCACAGCGGGGAGCUGCGCAUCCUGAGCGUCUACGGACAAGGGGAGGGCCCUCUGGCGGUGGCCGGCCAUGACACCCUCUUUGCCGCGUCAGAACUGGAGGCCUUGAGCUCGCCGUCCGCAGACCACAUCGUGACCAAGAGCCUGAAUUGCAGCGUGAGGCUCGUCCGCCUUGAGGAGCUGACUGGGCAUCAGGGCGGCCGCAAGAACCGGCCCGGUGACUUGUGUGGAAAGGUUAUUCCCAACGAUGCCAAUAUGAUCGUCCACAUGAGGACCCACUCCGGGGUGAAGCCCUACAAGUGUGACCAAUGCACGAAGCGGUUCAGUCUGAAAUGCCGGCUGAAGCGCCACAUUAGGACUCACUCCGGCGAGAAGCCCUACAAGUGUGACCAAUGCAUGAAGUGCUUCAGUCUUGGCUCCACCCUGAAGCGCCACAUGUCGACUCACUCCGGCGAGAAGCCCUACAAGUGUGACCAAUGUACGAAGUCUUUCUGUCGGAUAGACUACCUGAAGAUCCACAUGAGGACUCACUCCGGGGUGAAGCCCUACAAGUGUGACCAAUGCACGAAGUCUUUCUGUCAGAAAGAGUACCUGAAGUUCCACAUGUCGACUCACACCGGUGAGAAGCCCUACAAGUGUGACCAAUGCACGAAGUGUUUCAUUCAAAGCUCCGCCCUGAAGAUCCACAUGAGGACUCACUCCGGCGAGAAGCCCUACAAGUGUGACCAAUGCAUGAAGUGCUUCAGUCUUGGCUGCAGCCUGAAGUUCCACAUGUUGACUCACUCCGGCGAGAAGCCCUACAAGUGUGACCAUUGCCCGAAGUGUUUCAUUCAAAGCUCCGCCCUGAAGUGCCACAUGAGAAGAACUCACUCCGGCGAGAAGCCCUACAGGUGUGACCAAUGCACGAAGUGUUUCAUUCAAAGCUCCUCCCUGAAGUGCCACAUGAGAACUCACUCCGGCGAGAAGCCCUACAGGUGUGACCAAUGCACGAAGUGUUUCAUUCAAAGCUCCACCCUGAAGCGCCACAUGAGAACUCACUCCGGCGAGAAGCCCUACAGGUGUGACCAAUGCAAACAGCGCUUCGGUCGUGUUUGCAACCUGAAGAUCCAUAUGAGGACUCACUCCGGGGUCUCCGGCGAGAAGCCAUACAAGUGUGACCAAUGCAUGAAGGGCUUCAGUCAGACAAGCAACCUGAAGAUCCACAUGAGAACUCACACCGGCGAGAAGCCCUACAAGUGUGACCAAUGCAAGAAGUGCUUCAGUCAGAAAGACACCCUGAAGAUCCACCUGAGGACUCACUCCCGGGGGAGGCCCUGCGUGUGUCUGCAGUGCGAUGCCAGCUACAGCGACCCAAGCAAUUUGCGUGUGCACAUGCUCAAGCACACUUUGGCACGGGGCAGCGGGACGCUUUGAUUGAGACCUCUGUCCUGUAUUGGUUGAAAUUACUGCUUUUAGUUUUUCUUUUCAUUACGAUUAAAUGCUUUCCAAUUUUGAUUCGCUUUCUGUUUUUAUUAAUAAUUGAUGUCUGUGUUGAAUAACUUAUUUCUAGGACAAAGAUGAUUGAAGAUGAUCCAUUUUAAAAGGUCCCUGGUUAAAUGUCUAGAUCUCAGUGAUGCUCAGUUUAAGCCGGUCCUCCCUCUAGAAUGCAGCAUUAUUCUAACGGGACAAAGUCACAAAGAUUCCU